GAUGGAGAGCCGCCACCUCUCACAAAUACUGCUUCGUCAUGAUGCUGGUUAAUUCUCCUCUUGUUCAGAAAUGGACUGAGCCAGCAGCAGAGGUGGGGAGCUGCACACACACACACACACACACACACACACACACACACACACAUGCUCUGACUGGCUUUCUAAAUCCACAUUGCUAUCACCACUGGAUCCUUUGCAGGCACUGCCUCUGGGGCUGGGAGAUACACACACACACACACACACACACAGAGGACUGUCAUGCUGUCAGAUACACGCCAACAGCACAGCAGCUGAACCCAGCAAGGGCAGCCGGCUGAGGAUUUGCUGUGCUACUUCCAAGCAAGAGGCAGAAGGAGGGGAAGGAGAGGCGUUUUGCAGCGAGAGAGGGCAGGGGAGCAGUUAUCUGGGCUCCUGGGGCUUGUUGUUGUUAUCGUUCUCGGCUUGUUUUUCGGGCUGGGAAACCAUGCAGGAUUCCUGGAAGAGGCUUCCAUAGCCCCAGCUGGGUGAGUCGAGAGGUCUGCCGUGCGAUCUCAUUGAGCUCGUACUUGACCCUGCCAUGGCUCAGCAGGCGUGAGGGGCGGGAGGGCACAUUCCAGGCAGAUGCUGUUCCACUCUGGUGCCAGUGCCCAGGACUAACCCAACCUGCAGCAAGCGAGUGUGCAGAACCGGCAGGGACUGGAGUUCAGCUGAGGGAGCAUCUGACCCACAGCCCAGCCUAGGAGCCCAAAGGGAUGUGGAAACACAGAAUCACUGGACUCUGUGCAUGACCCAGCCCUUCCCGCAGGUGACGGAAUGGAAAGGUUACAGAAGCAAUCUUUGACCUCCCCUGGGAGCGUCUGUUCCUCCCGCGGGUCCAGCGUCCCAGGAUCACCCUCCAGUAUUGUGGCCAGAAUGGACAAUGAGGUUCUGGGCUACAAGGACCUGGCGGCCAUUCCCAAGGACAAGGCGAUCCUGGACAUCGAGCGCCCUGACUUAAUGAUCUAUGAGCCCCAUUUCACCUACUCCCUCAUGGAGCACGUGGAAUUGCCGAGGAGCCGAGAGCGGUCCCUGUCCCCCAAAUCCAUCUCUCCUCCUCCUUCUCCAGAAGUCAUCCGGGACUGGAUGGAAAACAAGUCCCUAGGAAGUGCCUCCCAGGCAGCUAGUCGCCGGACCAGCAGCACAGCCCGGAGCGGAGUGCACCACUUCCACCGACCUGAGACCAACACCAUGGAGCCGAACAUAUACAAGAAGCCGCCAAUCUACAAGCAGAGAGAGCCCUCGACGGGAGCCCCACAGAGCAAGCACAUGAUAGAAGACCAGAUCAUUGAGUGCUCCAAGUUCCCAGCAGCCCAGGCCCCGGACCCCAACCAGCCAGCCAAGAUCGAGACAGAUUAUUGGCCCUGCCCUCCCUCCCUGGCAGUCGUAGAGAAGGAGUGGAGGCAGCGGAUGGCCUCCAAGAAAGGCAUGGAAGAAGAAGAGGAUCUCACGGAGGAAAUGACUAACGUGCGUGAACGACAGAAACAGGAGCUGAGUAAGGUCACCUCAAACCUCGGGAAGCUGAUCCUGAAGGAGGAGAUGGAGAAAUCUCUCCCCAUCCGGAGGAAAACCCGCUCGCUCCCAGACCGGACGCCCUUCCACACCUCUCUGCACCUGGGGAAUUCCAGAUCCUCCACCCUUCCUGCCUAUGGGACAAGUACCCUCACCAGGCUGCAGUCAGCAGAGUUCAGCCCAGCCAGCAGCGAGAAGGGGAGCCCAGGCCUGCAGAAUGGCCAGCGGGGGAGGAUGGACAGAGGGAACUCCCUGCCCAGCAUGCUGGAGCAGAAGAUUUACCCCUAUGAGGUGCUGAUGGUGAUGAUCAGGGGUCGUGUGAAACUGCCUCUGGGAGUGGACAGAACAAGGCUAGAGCGGCACCUGUCCCCAGAGGAUUUCCACCGUGUCUUCGAGAUGUCCCUGGAGGAGUUCAGCAAGCUGGCCCUGUGGAAGCGGAACGAGCUGAAGAAGAAAGCUUUCCUGUUCUGAGCCGCGUGCCCGGCCUGAGCCAACCCUAGCCGUGAUCUCAGUUAGUGUCAAACACAAUCUCGCAUCACAGCUGCUUUAGGGCUACUGAGCCAGUUUUAACACCUGCCUCCCUUCCCCGAAGCCCCUCAGGCACGUUGAUCCCUCAUUCCCAGUUUUGCCUCUCCCUAGGGGAUAUCGGAGAGCCUCUCCCUGCCCAAACCUUCCCCCUCACACGCUCGGGGGGACCGCUGGCAACGCUGGUGGGCUGCUCAGUCUGGGUCAAACCUCUUUUAAUGGAGCCAGGGGAGGGAGAGUUGAACAAGUGGAGGGAGGAGCAAGCAGACCCUAGUCAGCCAAGGUCCCUGGGCUGGGUGAUGUGUAGGGGCUUCUCGGGGGCAGGGCAUCAGUGUCCCUCUUUGCCUGUUGGGGUCGCGGCUGGUUCAGCCAGGAUGGGAGCCAUAGCUACUGGAGGGGACUCUGGCAGGGGCCCUGGCUGGACAGAACAGGGACACACCGUACUGUUUGGUUGCUGGACACAUGUUGGUUUAGGUGUAAGGGAAGUCAGGGCUGCUUCUACCUUGCUGCUGGGCCCUGACUGGCUCCCCCACUUCAGG